AUGGAAGGAAUCAGCGGGAACCAAUAUUUACGCCACCUCAUGGCUACGGUGAUGCGGCGGGCAGCCGUGGAAGAACCCUUGGUUUCUGAUGAAGCAAACUGGUCAGAUUUGCCAAGGGAUCUUUUGUUGAAUAUUUUCUCCAAGCUAAACGAGCUCGACCGGAUUGUAAACAUCGCCGCUGUGUGUAAAUCUUGGAGGGAGGCGGUCUCCGAUCCCUUGUUUUCGAGCACUUUCGACAUGGUCAAAUGCAGGGAGCAGACCUUCAAUAGGUUUUACGAGCUUCACUACCCAUGCAGGAGAUCUCUACUGGAGGCUGUGUUUAGGUGUGGCAUAAACUUAGGUCUUGCUAAUUUGACUACCCUGGUGUUUGAUCCCCUGUUUCAUGUCAGCGAUAGUCAUUUGUUGUAUGCUGCUCCCAAAUGCCCAAAUUUAAGAGAAUUGGUGUUACCAGAUCUGUCUGAUACAACCGAUGAAGGAUUAACCGAUGCCUUCAAACAUUGGACACAGCUCAGGUCGUUGUUUGUGGCAUAUGAUUUUGGAAGCCCUACUGUGGAUAUAUUCUCGAUCGCAGGCGAGAGUUGCCCAAAUCUGAACGUGCUGAAAAUUUCAACGACCGUUCUCCACAUGGGAGUGGCGUCGGAGAUCGUGACCUACAUGCCAGAACUAAAGCUUCUAAGCAUGUUUUGCACUUCAUUCGUCAUGCCAGAUUCGUUCAAGUUGUUGUUGUCAGGAUUGACUAAUCUCGAGGAAGUUUACUUGGCUAUGGACAAGAUUAAUUUCACCAAAUGUCCAGAGGGUUGUCCGUGUGUUCCGACAAUACUUAAGGAUGGUACUAUCAUGGAAAAGACUUUGAGGCUUCGAAACUGUCAUGUUUGUUGUAUUCAGAAGUAUGAUAGAUGCGUCGCUACGACUAUGGUGGGAGCUGCACCCCUCAGUAAUAUCCCUCCAUCUUAA